AUGACUCCAUCUUCAGACAAAGAUCUCAACGGGCUAGAUAAACCCAGCUUUGUGGGUGAACAUGGGAGCCACUGCCAUUCCUCACCAGCUCAUGCUGCCUGGGGCCCAGAGGAAGGUGGGGGCACUGGCCACAGUGGGACCAAGCUUGCCUACACUGUCACAGAUGUGCCUCCCUGGUAUCUGUGCAUCCUGCUGGGCAUUCAGCACUUCUUGACAGCCAUGGGAGGUCUUGUAGCCAUCCCGCUGAUCCUCUCCAAAGGGCUGUGCCUCCAGCAUGACCUACUGACCCAGAGCCAUCUGAUCAGCACCAUCUUCUUUGUCUCAGGAAUUUGCACCCUUCUGCAAGUCCUCUUUGGAGUCAGGCUGCCUAUUAUUCAAGGAGGGACUUUCACAUUCCUGACCCCCACCUUGGCAAUGCUGUCUCUCCCCACUUGGAAGUGCCCUGCCUGGACACAGAACGCCACCCUGGUGAAUGCCUCUUCACCAGAAUUCAUCCAAGUCUGGCAGACACGGAUGCGAGAGGUGCAAGGAACUAUCAUUGUAGCUUCUUGCUUUCAAAUCUUCGUUGGAUUUUCUGGCCUGAUUGGAUUUCUGAUGAGGUUCAUCGGCCCCCUGACAAUUGCCCCCACCAUCACCUUGGUUGCACUACCUCUGUUUGAGCCGGCUGGGGAUAUGGCUGGGCAGCACUGGGGUAUAGCAUUCAUGACUGUUUUUUUCAUAGUUCUGUUCUCUCAAUACUUGAAAGAUGUUACUGUGCUGCUGCCAUCUUACAAGAGAGGCAAGAAGUGCCACUUCUCUCCAAUCUACCUCUUCCAGAUCUUCCCGGUGCUGCUGGGGCUCUCGCUGAGCUGGCUGCUCUGCUACGUGCUGACAGUGACCGGCGUCCUCCCUGCGGCCCCCACUGCCUACGGCCACCUGGCCCGGACAGACACCCGUGGGGACGUCCUGUCACAGGCUCCCUGGUUUCGGCUGCCCUACCCAGGCCAAUGGGGAACGCCAACGGUGAGCCCGGCCGGGAUCUUUGGCAUCCUAGCCGGGGUGAUUUCCUCCAUGCUGGAGUCCGUGGGGGAUUACUACGCCUGUGCCCGCCUGUGCGGGGCCCCGCCGCCGCCGCAGCACGCCAUCAGCCGCGGCAUCGGCGUGGAGGGCAUCGGCUGCCUGCUGGCCGGGGCCUGGGGCACGGGCAGCGGCACCACCUCCUACAGCGAGAACGUGGGGGCCCUGGGCAUCACCAAGGUAGGGAGUCGAAUGGUGAUCAUUGCUGGUGCCUGUGCCAUGCUCCUGAGUGGCAUCUUUGGGAAGGCUGGGGCAAUGCUUGCCAGCAUUCCCAUCCCUGUCAUUGGAGGCAUGUUCCUUGUGAUGUUCGGAGUUAUCGCAGCAGUGGGGAUUUCCAAUUUACAGUAUACAGAUAUGAAUUCCUCAAGAAACAUCUUUAUCUUUGGAUUUUCUCUCUUUGCUGGCCUCACAAUUCCCAGCUGGGCAAGCAAAAAUAGUACGCUGCUGGAAACAGGAAUCAUCCAGCUUGACCAAGUGAUCCUGGUGCUUCUCACCACUGGCAUGUUUGUGGGUGGACUUCUGGGCUUUAUCCUGGAUAAUACCAUUCCAGGAACACAGGAGGAGCGGGGGCUCCUGGCAUGGAAACAAAGCCAUGAGGGAAGGACGCAGAGCUCUCAGCUCGUUUCCAAGGUCUAUGAUCUUCCUUUUGGCAUAGGCACCAAGUAUUGCAAUGUCUUUUGGUUUCGCUAUCUCCCUGCUUGCCCCAAAAGACUGUCUUGUGACAAGAGAAUGGAUGAACUGAAGGCUGCUGAGGAGAAAAACAGUGUUAAAGCAAGCUUAGAAAGAAACUCUGAGAUUGGUGCUGAUACAAGGAUAUAA